CACCUCAUCCCCAACAAGAGGCACCUCAGGGGCAUUUAUUUGAACCCAAGUUCACCUCUACCACCCCUAACUGCAACAUCGAACACAAUCUUUACUCCCAUCUGCGUUCAAGUGAAACAACAACAUGGGGCAACAAGCAUCCGUCCCCCGCCCCGGCACCGACCUGCAGGUGAUCGGGGCCGGGCUUUCCCGCACGGGAACCGCAUCCUUCACCGCAGCCCUAGAAAUCCUGCUGGACGCCCCCGUCUACCACGGGGGCACGCAAACCACCAUGGGACCCCCCGUUGAGAUCCAGUCGUGGAACACCAUCCUGCGCACCUGGCUCGCGGGCGACAACAAGUCCAAAGUCCUGCAGCUGCUGCGCGCCCGCACCGCCGGCUACGCCGCCAUCACCGACGCCCCGGCCAGCCAAUUUGUCCCUGAACUUCUAGAGCUCUAUCCCAACGCCAAAGUGAUCGUGACCGUGCGCGAUCGCGACAGCUGGGUGCAGAGUAUGCAGCAGAUCAGCUCCCUGGCCCAGCUGUGGUUUUUGGGGGCGGUUUUGCUCCCCUUACCGGGGAUGCGGUACUUUGUGACAUAUAUCGACCUGCUGCAGCGCCAGUGGGAUCGGAUCUACAAUGCUAGUCGUGAUAAUGCCUGGAUCUAUGACCGGCAUCUCGAGUGGUUGAAAGAGGUGGUGCCUGCGGAUCAGUUGGUGUUUUUCAGUGUCAAGGACGGGUGGGAGCCGCUGUGUCGGGCUCUGGGCAAGGAGGUUCCUAAGGAUAUUCCCUUCCCGAGAAUUAAUGAUUCCAAGGCGAUUGAUCGCGUGGCUGCUUAUCAUAUUAAGCGGGGGUUGGUGCGUUGGGCGGUGGUUUUUGCUGUGAUGGGGUUGGUGGGGGCGUGGUGGGUUCAUGGGAGGUGAUGGGGUUGAAGAUUUGGAGUGUCGAUGGGAGCAGGACUGAUUCAAUGGUGAAGUGAUGACGAUGGCUUGUAGUUGGGUGGGUGACCACCAGCAAAUCCCUUCUGUUGUAUGUGUUUUCAUUUCUUGCUCUGUUGUUUCACUGGCCAAGGGAAACAUUUAGAGAGAGAGAGAGGAGGGGUGGGGGAGAGGAAGAGGAGAGAUUUCAAGAACAAACACUGUGUUGUAUGUACAAAGCCUCACAGCUUCAGGAUAUACCAGCCACAGACCCUCAAGAAAGAACAAAUAUCA